CAAAAGGUAAAGAAAAAGGCAAAUGUCAGUCACUUUAAAGUACUUAUCUGUUUACAUUUGAGCAGUGGAUAUAACGAUAAAUGGAAAGCGGAUGACACUUAAGCAGUGGAAAAUCGUAAUUGUUAAGAUAUUAUCAUGAACCUUUGGUAUACUGCGCGUGCGUCAGCGAGUGUGAUGCCCUUGAGUUGAAAUUUGCAGUAGCAUUGAGCUGUCAGUGUGAUGAUGCUAAACAGAACAGACCAUAUCGACACAUGGAGAAAGUUAAACCCUAAUCGAUUAUGGUACAAAACAUUUAAGUAUGUAGUGUUGAGUUUGUGUCAUACAUGCUUUGUCGCAUUCUUGUAACCGUCAACGAUUCCGUAAAUAAAAAUGAGGAAUUUUUUAUCAUUUAUUACAAACCACAAUCUAAUGAAUUCAGGCUUUAGUAUGAGGCACGGGAUUCAAAAGGGAUUUGGAAAGCUGUCAUUGGUGUCCCGUCGCAAUGUGUGCAUCAGGGCGGAUAAAAAGUGGCUCAAACCUGUGGGCUAUGACACUGGCAUAAAUAUGUACAACAGUCUUACCAAGCAAAAAGUGCCGUUGGUUUUGGCACAAGAACGAAUUGCCACCUGGUAUAGUUGUGGACCCACGGUUUAUGAUCACGCCCAUCUCGGCCAUGCGUGCUCAUAUGUCAGAUUUGACAUCUUGCAAAGAAUUUUAACCAGAGUUUUUGGUGUUAAUGUUAUCCAUGCCAUGGUCAUCACUGACAUUGAUGAUAAAAUCAUACAGAGAAGUCUUGAGGAGAACAUGUCGCCUACUGUCCUUGCAAGAAUGUAUGAGGAAGAGUUUAAGAGGGAUAUGCGGGCACUGAGGGUUCUUCCUCCAGCUGUUUACAUGAGGGUGACCGAAAACAUACACCCGAUUAUAGCUUUCAUAGAGCGCAUUAUUGAAAACGGACACGCGUAUGUCACAAGUCAAGGGAAUGUCUACUUUAACACAAAGUCCAUUGCUAACCGUUAUGGGAAGCUUGUGAACCUUGGAGGAAUUGUUGGAGAGCUAGGGUUGCAAGAUAAAAAGGAUGCCAGGGACUUUGCCUUGUGGAAAGCAUCCAAACCACAUGAACCUUACUGGGAGUCACCCUGGGGAAAAGGAAGACCUGGAUGGCACAUUGAAUGUUCCACAGUUGCCAGCUCAGUAUUUGGGAGUCAGUUGGACAUUCACUCAGGAGGGAUUGACCUUGCAUUCCCUCAUCAUGAGAAUGAGAUUGCUCAGUCUGAGGCAUAUCAUCAGUGUGAACAGUGGGGAAACUACUUCCUACACUCAGGGCACCUUCAUUUGAAAGGCAGUGUAGAGAAGAUGUCGAAAUCCUUGAAGAAUUAUGUAACUAUAAAGGAUUUUCUGUCGUCCUACACUGCCAAUGAGUUUCGACUCUUUUGCCUUCUGACCAAAUACAGAUCAGCAAUCGAAUACAGUGAUGCUAGCAUGAAUGAAGCCCGAUCCACCCUGUCUUCCAUCUCUGCCUUCAGCCACAGUGCACAAGCCUACAUGCAGGGCCACUUGCAGUGUCAGCCUGUAGAUGAAGGAGCUCUCUGGAAGAGCUUGUCUGCUGCACAGGCGAGUGUUCGAACCGCUCUUGCUGAUGACUUUGACACCCCAAAAGCUGUGGAUGCCAUUAUGGGUCUUAUUCAUCAAGGCAACUGUCAGCUUCAGCCUGUAAAUAAGGCUGAUGGUCCUAGGAGUCCUGCUGUAUUUGGGGCCAUGUUGUCAUACGUCAGGGAAAUCUUUGAUAGUUUUGGAGUUGAUUUGCUUGACAGAAUGGAAGCCCAUAAUGACUCUUCGGGCAUUUUAAAUAAUGUAGUAGAGGAGUUGGUGCAUUUUCGUAGCGAGGUUCGAAAGUUUGCUCUAUCUGUGGAAGACCAAGCUUCUCAUAACCCUCAGGCUGAUACUGCAUCGCCAAAGAGUCGUCCUCGGCCAGACAGAGUCCCUUUACUUAAGGCCUGUGAUGACCUACGAAAAAACCUAGCUCCUCUCGGAGUCCACAUUCAGGAUAGAGGCACAAACGCGACGUGGGAGAUUACAAGAACAGGGAGAGAAGAGACAAGAAAGAGUUAACCACUAUCUUAACUGGGACCCAACACUGAUUGUUAGGACUUGGACACAUGAUACAUGAUACCUACUGAUGAGACUUUGCAUUUUGAAAAUUACCCUACAAACAAAAGUUUGACCUUUACUCCAAAAUAGCCCUAAAUGCAAGUUAAUAAAAUUUGAUUUGAAAAUGA